AACGAGGUGCUCUCCUACCUAUCAAUAUGAGAAAGACGCCCCGAGUGCUUAGUCUGGUUGGAGUAAUAUAAAACGGCCAUUUCCCAUUUAAUAACUUGAUACCGAUACAUACUAUAAUAUUACAAGAUGAUAUUAAAUGCAGAGUCAUCCAGUUAACAAGGGCACUGUGGUGAUAACAUUCUUUGACAGAGGUAUACCACAAUCGGACUGAUUCUGGAGAGAUCUUAUUAAUUUUAGACGGUUGGUUGUUUCCUGUUCCAAGCAUGAUUUUCGUACUAAUCGUUAUUGCUGAGGUGUUAUGCGUACUUGCCGUGGUAUUGGUCGGUGUCUGGAUGGGCGUGUACCGAGGGGGCGUGGCUUGGGAUGGUACCACCUCCGAAUUCAACCUUCAUCCAAUCAUGAUGACCCUUGGUCUCAUUGUCUUCAAUGGCAACGCUCUGAUGCUCUACCGUGCCUGUCGGGAAACGCCAAAAGCGUGGGUAAAAGCAGCUCAUGUAAUCUUUCACUGUCUGGCCCUUUUCUGCGCAUGCCUGGCCCUGGUGGCGGUAUGGCAGUACCACAACGCCAAUGGUAUACCGAACGUUUACUCCAUCCAUAGCUGGAUCGGGAUAACUGUCUUCAUAAUGUAUGUCAUUCAGUGGUUCAUCGGGCUAUCCAUAUUCGCAUUUCCAUGUGCAAGUCUACAGCAUCGAGAUAGGUACAAGCCUCUCCAUGUAUUCUUUGGUGUCUUUCUGUUCGGUGGUGCGUGUGCUACUGCCCUCAUCGGCAUUGAAGACAAACUAAUGCUGGCAAUAUCAACAACUUAUUCCUCGCGACCACCAGAAGCCUAUGUGGCCAACUUUCUAGGUUUCGUCAUCCUCUUUCUGGCAGCAGUCGUGACGUUCGUUGUGACCUUUGCCCCUUGGAAGCGACCUGAUGACAUCCAGUCAGAGUGGCAGCCUAUCGUGUCCUCUACUCCCGCAAGAGAUUUGAACCUCCAACCUUCUAAUAUUUGAAUACCUGUACGCAGCAAUAACUGUGGUUACUAACCUGUGUACGACACCAGCCAUGUUACUCUGGUGUUAAAUCUGUUCACUGUUCAACAUCGAGGGCCC